AUGUACCCUUGUGUCGACUUGGAUGGAGUGCGAGCAUAUGUCCUCGAGUUCUACUGCUCUCGUGAUUCAGCCAUUGCAUCUUCAUCGGUGUUGAUGGCACAGAAAUCCUCAGAUCAAGAUUGGUUCUCUGCGCGCGAUGUUCAGGUUCUGAAAAUUCUGCUGGCGACCGCUUUACUAGUCGAGUCACACGGUCGCAGUGAGCGUGCAGCCCAGUUGGCCGACAGUGUGGAGGAUCGCUUCGCUAGCCGACUAAAAAUUGCCGAGGUUGAUAUGAAAGAAAUUCUCAUUCUAACUUUGUUGUCGAUAUUUCACUCUUACCGCGAUGACGAAGUCAUCGCCGGGCGCUUGAUUGGCAUGGCAGUCCGAGGGAGUACGGAGCUAGGUCUUCAUCGCCAAGAAACAUGGCAAAAGACAGGGGGCGUUUUCCCGGGCGAAUUGGAAUGGACGUGGGCAAGCCGAUUGUUCUGGUGCAUCUAUGUGUUAGAUCGCAAGUGCGCCUUUGGCACGGGCUUACCUUUCGCCAUUCAAGACUCCGAUAUUGACACCAACCUACCUGAGCCGGGCCACUCUACUCCAUACCUGACUUGUAUGAUCUCUCACGCGCGUCUGAGCACAAAGAUCUGGGGCCUGGUCGUCGGAUGGCCCAAUCGGUCACAAGCGGCCACCUCAGAUGGGUGUGCUUAUUUGGACGCUCAGGUCCAGCAGUGGAUCCAUUCUAUUCCACGUGAAUUGCGUUUUGAUCCAACCUGGCGCUCUCCCGCUGGAUCAGAGCACACCGAUCGAGCGAGGAUGCUUCAGGUUCUUCUUGCUCUACAGGCAAACCAGCUUCGAAUUCUUGUGUAUCGACAAAACCUGCUCAGUGAUGAGCGGAUAGCGGACAAUGUGACCGGGGCAUCGACCGCGGUGGAAACGGCGAAGAGCACCGUUCAUAUGCUGGACUAUUUCAGCCGGGUCUCAAGUAUAUACUUCCAGCGCCCAGAGCCAUUCAACUAUUUUCUCUUGUCUGCUCUUGCUGCCCUCUUCUUGGCCGUCCUACAUGCCCCGGCUCGUUUCAGCCAUGCUUGCCGACCCGAAUUUUAUACAGCCGUGGACAUGGUCCGCCGGUCAGCAACCCGUGCCCGCACUUCUCGGAGACUGCAAAAAAUUCUUCACAGUCUGAAACGGAUCCGUUUGAAUAUCAAUUGGGAUAGUGAAGCUGGCCGACAAUCAUCUGUUUAUCGAGGCCAUCCCCUCAAGCAUACGCAGGAGAAAGAGAAAUCUGAGCUCCAUUCACCUGCAAGAUCUAGGCUGUGCUCAUCCCACGGUAUAUGGGACACAACACCGAUAUCAACCACAACAGAGUCUGCAGCGGCACAUUGUACCCCCAGUCUUCAUCCGACACCUGGGACGACAACUCCUCAGCUGUCGUCUCAUGCUUUCUGGCCAAUGUCACCCGGGACAGUAGCUGGUCAUGAAUCCAAUGUCUGCGAAGACUUGAGCAGCUUCUUCGAGAUCGCCGGUGGAUUCUAUUUUGACCCUUCCGGCUCGGACAGUGCCACCGGAGCAAAUGUGGGGUUAGCCCCUCCAGGUGAUACACGACCGCCCAAUGCGCUGGAUGCCUUUCAUGCCGAGGAUGAGGCGUUGACACGAGUCAUGGCUGGUUUGUUGUGA